CUGCAUUGGCCACACUAGCAUCAUCAACGCAAUUGCCGUGAAUUCCUCGGGCACUCUCGUCGCAUCCGCAUGUGGUGACAACCAUGUACGCCUCUGGCGACUCUCAGAUCGACGAACCAUCGCCGUCUUCCAGCACUCUAACUGGGUAUAUUGUGCCACCUUCUCCACAGACGGCAAGCACAUUCUCAGCGGAGGUCAAGACAAAAAAAUCUCAGAGUGGGAAGUACCCGAUGACCCAUUGGGGGAACAGGAAACAAAUCAAACAGUUAUACAGGCAGAACUUCCUGACCAGGAUUAUGAUUACACGCAAGAUACUAAUUUCUUCCGGGGAAUGAAUGAUUAUCGUCAUACUUCACAACCACAACCCCGGCGGCGCCUGGCGUUCUUGAAGAGACUCAGGCUUGCUGUCGCGAAUACCUCUAGUUCAACUGCCCAGCCAGCGCCCACAACAUCACCUGCUGCCCCCAUCGCGUUCCAAGCCCGUCUACAACAAUUAUUGACCUGGCGGCACGCCCACGUAGAUCAAGUGCCACCUGUUGCAGAGGUUCCUUUCACGAAGGGUAAUGAGCAAUGCCCAAGACAACCCACCUCUUCUCGUCGCCGUCCUCCUGUUGUGGAAGUGGCUGCAGUACGGGACAAAAAGACACUGUUCACUGCUCGGCGACACAAGCCCAAAGCAAUGCAGCAGCAAAGCCAACCACAAAGCCAAGCUCAGGCGUCGUCAUUACAAACUAAGCCUGCUGCCGCCUCAGCAUCCACGACACCGCCCGCUCCAGAUACUAGUAAUACCGUACCAGGUGCACCAACAGCGCGAUCCCUCCCAUUUUGGGCUCGUGUCGUACUUUUUCUCUGCUGUGCGCCUACCACAAAUAACAAUGGUCAUUGAUAUGAUGCAGUACAUGGUUAACCGUCUCAUCUUUGCUUCUUAUUAUAUUUGUAACACUUUCUUGUUAUUGAAGCCUUACGCUACUCCAUGAAUCAGGUCCUUCUUCCACUUCGAAGACCCGUUUAUGGUUUUGACGCUCUACCAUGAAGUAGCCUUUGCUAGCGGUUGCAAGCAAAGUUAGAUGCAAACUUUGGUGCUACAUAGUCCCCUCAGUGUUUUACAUGUCUGAUGCUGUCGUUCAAGUACAAAAGCAACGAAAAGAUUGUAUGGG